AUGUCGGCAUCGACCGCAAGUCUGCCAGCAUCCUUUGCACUCAGUCCCACCGCCGCGAGUAGCGGCGCGUCGGGGCAGAGGGCGGAUGUUGUGCCCAAAACGGAGCGCAGCGAUGCAUGGCCCGCUUCCGACGAGGCGGCGCAGCCCGCGCCAGAAGGGCCGAUCCGCGCCUAUGCGAAGCUCGAGUUUCCGGGCUUUUCGUACUAUGUACAGACGCUGGAAGUGACGAUCGGGCGGCGACCGGGGCAGCUCCAAAACGGCGCCCCACUCCCGAUGCGUGCGCCCCAGACAUGGCGCAAAGGCGACGUGGACGUGGACCUCGGGCCGCUCAAGUCGAUCUCGCGCUUGCAUGCGCGCAUCUUUUACUCGGUCCAGCCGCACUUUUACCAGAACCCUAUGAACCUCUCGCCGAUGAUGCCGAGCGGUGCGUCGGCGUCCGCCUCGCCGAGCGGCGCCGAGGAGCCCGCGCCGAGCGACGAGGGGGCUCCGGCCCAAGGGCGCUUUCUGCUCGAAGUGCUCGGCCGCAACGGCGCAUUCGUCGACGACGUAUGGGUGCGCAUGAACGGCGUCGUGCCGCUGGGGCGCCGGACCAAGAUCCAGAUUGCAGAGCGUGUGUUCUACUUUGUCCUUCCCCCGCCCGCCUCGGCGCAGGACGGAUUCCUGUCCGAGGCAGAAGAGAGCGAGGUCGAGGCCGAGGACGCCCCCUCUUCCUCCUCCUCCUCCUCGGAGCUCUCGGAUGUAGACGCCGAGAAGCCGGCGACGACCAGCGGGCCGUCGACCGAGUCGCCCGGCCCCAAGCUCGUGCUGAAGCCGCGCUCCAAGAUCUCGCCGUCACGCAAGGACGCCAAGAAGCGCCCGCACGACGACCAGGACACCGACAUGUCCAAACGGCGACGUGGCACCGACGAGGCCAGCGCGCCGCUCCCGGUCGGCACGCCGAUCGGCAUCGAGGCGCUGAAGCCGGCGCGCGGCAAGGGCAAGGGCAAGGGCAAGGGCAAGACGGAGCCGCAGGUCAUCGACCUCGACGCCGACACGCCCUCCGUGGAAGAAUCGCCCGCGCCCGAAGCGAGCGCCGGGCCGCCCUCGUCGCUCUCUGCGCUGGCGACCGCUGCGACGCAUGUCGGCUCGCCGGUGCCAAGCGGCUCGUUCCAGAAGCCGGAGCUGACCAACGUCGAGCUCAUCACAAACGCGCUCACGUCCGAGUCGUGCCUGCGCAAGGGCAGCAAGUUCACCUUGCAAGAAGUCUACGAAUGGCUGCAGAAUACCUAUCCCUGGUUCGGCCAGAACGGCCGCAAGACGGGGCGCGACUGGCAGAGCUCGAUCCGCCACACGAUUGGCACCUCGCGCGAGUUUGUCAAGAUUCCCCGCCGCCCCGACGAGCACGGCAAGGGCAUCUUUUAUACACUGGCGACUAGCGACGUCGCCAAGGCACACGAGGCGACACGCAGCGUCGCGCAGCCCGAGCCUGCGCCGCCUGCGCCCAGUGCAUCGGCUCCGCGAGCCGACGAUACCCGUGCGGCUCCCGAGAAGGCCGAGAAGCCGCUGCCGCGCAUUCCCCUCGUCGUCGGCAUUCCCCCGGGCACGGGCGACGCGAAUGCGGCACGCGCCAAGAACGUCCCGGGCUCGAUCGAGUCGCUGCUCGAGACGCCGCCGAUCGCACACCACCAGGGCAAGCUAUACCUCAGCCCCAAGGUGUUUGGGCACCUCACCCCGGAGCAACUGCAGCACAUCGAGGGGCUCGGCGCGCAGCAGGCGCUCCAGGUGCUCCAGGCCUACCUCGUUUCGCACCUCAAGGAGAAGAUGAAGAAGCCUGACGCGGCCAAGGGCACACCGGGGCCGAGCCCGCCGCUGGCCGGCAAGGCCGCUCCGAACCCGCCGGCGAGCAAGAGCACCGCGGCGAGCCCCCCGGUCGCUGCCAAGAGCGCCGCAGGCAGCCCGCCGCCGCUCCCGCCCGCGGCGCCGCAGCCGAGCGUGUACGACCAGCGCCUCGAGCCGCCCAAGGUGCCGCGUAUCCCGAUUUCGCCCUCAGAUGCCCUGCAGCCCACGCAGCCCAAGGAGGCGACGCCCGCCGCGCUGCUGCCUGCCGCGCAGGCCGCGCCGCCCACACAGGCCGCGCCGAGCACAAGCACUACACCCGUGCCCAGUAUACCCACUAAUCCCGGACCGAACGCCGAAAAGUCGGAUCCGCUUGCGGCGCUUUCGGCGCUCGCUGCGCACCCUGAGGCCGCGGGCCUGAUUGGUUUGCUGCAGAAGCAGCAGUCGGGUGCAGCGGGCGGUACCGUGAAGCUUACGCCGGGGCAGCUCGAGCUGCUGCAGCUUGCGAACCGCCUCGCCAUGCAGAAGAAGAACAAGAAGAAGAAGACGGGCGACGCACGCCCGGCGGCACCGAGCCCGGCGGCGCAGAGCCCGGCGGCGCAGAGCCCAGCGGCGCAGAGCCCGGCGGGACAGAGCCCGCCCAAACCGUCUUCCCCAUAG